AUGGGGCCUUUUAUCGUUCUUUCCCUGUUUUCCCUCCCCCUCAUCAUCGCCGCCCCCUACAACACCUUCGACGGGCCCGGCUAUCCCGCCUGCAACGACGUCGCCGCCGUCCACGCCCCAACCAGCAUCGACGCCAUCCAGUUGCUCGUCAAGGAUGCCAUCGCAGCAGGCCAGCGGGUGCGCGCGUCCGGCAAGGGCCACAUGUGGUACGAUACCAUGUGCUCCGAUGAUCCGAACACCGUCAUCAUCCAGACCGAGAACGUCAAUGAUAUUUACGACCUCGAUCUUGAGGCUGGCACCGUCAUGAUUGAGGCCGGUGUUACGUUCCUGCAGUUGGCCGAGUACUUGCAUGGGAAGGGGGCUUCGGCUGGCUAUACCCUGGUGAACUGGAACAUCACGCUGGCCGGAUGCGUCGCAAUGGGCGCUCAUCGCUCGUCAAUUCGCGAAGACUCGAUGGUCGCUGCUGGAGUGCUGUCGCUUGAUAUCAUCGACGGCAACGGCGAACUGCGCCAUCUUGAGCGCGACGAAAGUGACGAGUGGCUGGCGGCAUCAACUUCCCUUGGCCUUUUGGGGGUGAUUGUCCGGAUGAAGUUCAAGAUUUACCCCGACUUCAAGGUCUAUGCCGACCAGAAGACCUUGGACGAAACCGAAGUGCUUGACGGUGAUAUCCAUGGGAUGAUUGCUCCGUAUGCGACGGCCAACUUCUGGUGGUGGCCAUACAAGAGAAAGUUUCACUGGCGAUAUUACGACGUGGUCGAAGAUCAGAUCAGCGAGCAGCAGGCGUUCCAAAACACCUUUUCAGUCACUGCAUUCGAAGCCUCCGCUAUCAAGACCCUCUGGAACAGCGGUCGAUGGCUGGCGUCAUCCAACAUGCUGGCGGAAGAAGUCCUCUUCAGUCAGUGGGAGGCUCCCAACUUUCGCGAGAAGACGACCAACAAGGGCAUCAGUGCAUGGCCAGUCUAUGGCUGGAACUACGACGUCCUCAUUGGUGGCCUCUAUCCCGACCAAAAGCCAGUAUGGGAGUAUGGGCUCAGUGGGUAUACCCUCGAGCUUGCCUUCCCCGUCACUCAAGCCAACGCCGUGCUGAAGCGAGCGCGAGAGCUCUUCGACGCUGAAAUUACAAAGGGAUUCGUGAUGACCUCCACCUACCGCAGCGGGAUCAACAUCAAGUUCGGUCGGCCGUACUUUGACCUGCUUGGCCAGGUGACUUACAACACUUCCGACGGAGCAGACUGGAGCCAGGGUGCCAUCAUGUUCGACUUUCCGAGUUUCAAACCCACGGUCGGGGAUGGGUCUCGCUACAACGAGCCGUUCUAUGGAACGCUCGAGAGGAGAUUGAUCGAGGAGUUCCCUUGCCGACCCCAUUGGACCAAGAACACCCGCGAGGUCUUCCAGCUGGCCAAGAAACACCUGGAUCCUGACCACAUUGCCCGCUUCAAAGCCGUGCGGGAGCAGUUUGACCCGAAUGGAAUUUACCGGAGCGUGGUGGGCGAGAUUAUUGGCGUCUACUAA